AUGUUCCGUAGCUCUUUGGGUAUUAAGAGAAUUUGUGAUUUAUUUUUUUUUUUAAUAGAACUUACUGAUGAACAGAAAGCGUUUCAAACUACCACUUGUAAAUUUGCUCUGGAGGAAAUUAUUUCUGUUGUUGCGCAAUAUGACAAAACUGGAGAGUAUCUGCUUCCACUUAUAAAAUGGGCUUGGGAACUUGGUCUUAAAAAUUCACACAUACCAGAAAAGUGUGGUGGCUUUGGCCUUGGCAAUCUUGAAGCAUGCCUUGUUACAGAAGAGUUGGCUUCUGGAUGUACAGGAGUUCAAACUGCCAUUGAAGCUAAUUCCCUGAGGCAAAUGCCAGUAAUCAUUGCAGGAAAUGAACAUCAGCAGAAAAAAUACUUGGGAAGAAUGACAGAGGAACCAAUGAUGUGUGUAUUUUUUGAUAGUUCAUACCGAUCCAGAUCCAAAAACUCCUGCAAGCAGAGCCUUUACUGGAUUCAUUGUAGAAGCAGAUAGCCCUGGAAUCCAAAUUGGAAGAAAGGUGAAGACUAUUUCGUAUUUGACAAGCCAGGAAUUACAGUUCUAAACUAAUACUGCAAGAAAUUACCAUUAUAGAAAAAAGACUGUUAUGCAACUGAACGUUUUCAUAUGCGCAUGUACAACAAUCUUCAUUUUCACAACAUUCAGAAACUAUUCAUAAGAUGUACUUAACUAUAAUGUUAUUAAUUCAAAUAAGUUAUUUAGAAAAGUCUAAAGUGAGAUGACUGAACAGCUGCAAAAGAAUCUUUGAGAACUAUUUUCUUGACAAGUGCCAGUGAAUGUGGAAUAGUAUACCUUGAAAGGAUAAGAAGCAAGUUGGGCAAUUUUAACCAUAAUACGCACACAAUGAGAUUUAAUUGUAGCUACUGCUGUUCAAGGAAGUGGCCUUGGAGACACUGGUGCUAGUUCUUUUUUUCUUUUUUAAAAAAAGUACUAUUUUUAGUAGUAGGCAAAACUGGAUGUUGAACAUUAGGGAAGGAAUCUGAAGACUUGAAAAGCUCAAUUAUUUAUUUAGUUGUAGUAUACCUCUACUGCCUGCCUAUUAGAUUAUUUAAUUUUUCUACUCCCAUCUCAAAGGAUAUAGUUGAACUAGAGAAAGACAAGAAGACUAAUUAGAGCUACAGACUGCUUUCAUAAUAAGGAGAAAGUAAAACUGCUCAGCUUAGACAAAUCAAGUGCACACUGGUCUGUAAGUGCAAAACUAGUGUUUGUCAUGUAUAUGGUAAUUUUUAGAUGAAAACUUUUUGGGAAAAAAGCGUACUUUAUGCUUUGAGUAAACUGAAGAAUGAAAACAUAUUGUACAUUUGAAUAAUGCAAUGUAGUUGCACCUCUGUAAAUUUUCCAUUUCAGGAAAUUAAUCUGUCAGAGCUGCUCAGAUAUAGCAGGUCUUUGAAAAUGUGAGAGAUGUGAGAGUUCUGAAAGAAAAUGUAUUAAUAUCUGAGGGAGCUGGCUUUAAAAUCUCAAUGGGAGCUUUUGAUGAGACCAGAUGACCUGU